UGUUGAGGGUAAAUUUUAAAAGAAGUUUCUCCGUGUAGGAUAAAUCGUUUAAUUUCGUAAAAUCGAGAAUAAAAUUAAUCUCGCAAUAAAUAAUCUCUAUUACGGCAUCGGCUAAUAUUUUACUGUUAAUGUAGGUUUCAGUGUGCAAUCGUGUUUUUAACAAAUGGAGGAAUGUAAAAUCCACGCGUAGAAUUUAGCCGUUAUUCAUGCGUGACUUCAUAUUGUUAAAUAAAUAAUAUUAAUUGAUAUUACCGUUGUUAGAAAUGCUUUGUGCGACGUCGCGUACUAUAAAAAUAAAAUAAACAAUUGUAUGUCGAGAGAGGAAAAUUGAAAUUCGAUCUUUUAUCUUCAGCAAUGGCCUCAUAUCUAUCGGUCUAAAUAUUUUCACAAGCAGCAAAGGCAAUUUAUACGUAUUUCAUGACUUAGCCGAUCUAUGUAACAAAAUAAAAUAAAAAUACAUAUGUAUUUAAUUUCUUACGUAUCUAAUUAUAUACGCAAGUAAACUGUGAGUGUUAACAUAUUAAAUAUGGACGCUUGAAAAAAGGCACAUCUUAAAAAGUUUCUUUAACGUCGUUUUAAUAUUAAAAAUUUACACUUUUAAUACACGUAAAAUAAAAGAGUGCAUAUCUGACAGCAUUACGACGAUUGUCGCGCUUAAUGUUACAAAAAGAAUCUCUAUCAAUCGCUCAUAUUAAUUUCGAUAUUAAUCGUUUAAUCACCCGAUCACGGCGGAACUUAUAUCCAAUUGUUGUUGGAGUUCUUCGUUUAUCUUUUACCUUGAACUGGCGUAAAAGGGGAACAGUGGGGUGCACGUGUCACGUGUACGGUCACAAGCGCGGCACGUGCGAGAAAUCAUCAGGCUCGAGAGCACGACGUAUAAAACUACGUAGCGAUAUCGACGUAACUUGUCUUAAUUACGUUACGACAUUGUCCGCUCUGACAACCUUUGUUACCUCAAGUGCCGUUCAAAGGGCUGUCGCCUCGCGUGACAGCACGUGACAGGCGUCAUACGCCGUGAAUCGAGGAAUGUUAAAACAUUUAGCGCCGUUACGUACGCGCGAACUCGGCCAAUAUUGAUGAAAAGGUCGGUCUCCGCGGCUCUUGAAGGGUCAAAUGACCGUCGACACUCGGAGGCACGGGCUGUGUUAUUAUUGAAACGAGGGCGACAUAAUCGCGGAAAUAAUCAUAAGCCAAGCGAUCGCUCGAAUCCUCCGGAAGAGAGGGCGAGAGAGAGAAAGGGAGAUUGUGUCUGAGGGAAAGACGGAGAGCAAAACGCUUUCCUCGAUUGCUGUCAACGAGAUACGCGUUCGGACAUAUCUCGUCGUUGCCACAUCCUGCGCGCAGUACGUUUUAGAUCGUGUUGCAUCUUGGUACGCUUUCGCGUUCAGACAGACCGUGCUGAAAGUUGGAUGAACCGCGAGCGAGAGACGGACAAUCCCGAAUUAGUAAGAUGUGAAUAAAUCGUCGACGUAUCGAUCCAUCGGCACGAUUUUUCUCCACCAGCAGAGUCUUGAAAAUAAAUGGAAGACGACCGUAAUCGAGGAGGUCCGUAAUAAAGCUCAUUGCUGUGCCCAUCGCACCGUAAACUUCUCGCAGUUGUUAGCUCUUUUGAAACGUGCGUUCUCUCGGAACUCUCUCUCCAAAUUGUAAUUCUCGUCGAAGACCAGCCAGCGCUUGCAGAAUCAUGUCUGCCAUCUCGGGAAAGCAGAACGCGCGAUGCUACGCGUGACCCUGUCGGGAAUUAUUGAACACGGCCACUGGACGAAAUCGAGGAGUAAUGAUCAACGACACGCGGCCGAGGCUGGCGACCACCAUCGCGGGUUACAGCCAGACGAGUCGCGCGUGCGAUCGUCGACACGUGUCCAGGCACGGAGGCGGCAACGGCGGAUUGUUGCUCCGGACCAUCCUAAUUUGUUGCUGCAUCACAGUGAUUUAUGGCCUCAAGCUCGACAUCGGGAAGAGCUUCAAGGACCUUCGGGCACUUCGACAGAAGACCUUUCCGCAAAGGGGCUAUUGCGACCUGGACAUGGAAUGCGACUGGGAGUGGACCCAGUCUCAGGGUUUCAAGAAAGUCCAGGCGACUGCCCUACCAUCCUUUCCUCACACGGACGCCGACAACUCUUUAAUCGGCCACUUCCUGUGGUUCACCGGGAAAGGGGACCCCCAGAUAUGGUCCAAAACGAUUCAACACACGGGUCCGCGUUGUCGUAUUGAAUUCUGGCUUUUCAUGGUGGAAAUGGAACACGGAUUUAUAAAUCUCGUCAUACAAAUGAACAGUAACAACGUGAGUUCCAUCGCGGUGACGAAAAGCGGAAAUAACACCGCCAAAUGGAAUAAACUAGGCUUCCAAUUACGCCCAAUCGAUCAACCCUAUAAAUUAUUCUUAGAGGUCUAUUUGCCCUAUGCUAACUCGAGCAUCGGUGUCGACAACAUUCGCCUAGUUAAUUGCUUUUCAGCAUCCAUCGACCAUUGUACCAAGGAUAUGUUUCGGUGUCACAACGGCUCCUGCUUGAACAUGACCCGCGUCUGCGACUUCACGAAGGAUUGCGCCGACGGCGAAGACGAGUUUGCGAAUUGCGACAAGAUACCGGAGAACGCGAGGUGCAACUUUGAGAACGGUUGGUGUGGGUGGACAAACGAACCUGGGAGGCCCCUAAAUUGGACCCUUCACAGUGGUCCUACGCCAACCGAGAGGACCGGGCCUCGUUACGAUCAUACUUACCGCAACGAAACUGGAAUGUACGCGUUCGUGAAUAUGGCUUCUAAACACGCGGCUGUCGCAUACGGCAGUCGAGCCACCAUGACAAGUCCUGUGUAUAAUCCGACACCACCUUACAGCAACGACCCUAAAAACCCUUAUUAUCGGUCGUGUCAAGUACGCUUUUUCUACCAUAAACACGGUGCGCAUAGCGGAUCCCUUGGGCUCUUUUUGAUCCAAGUAAAACCAUAUGGAAAUCAUAGCCAAGACUUGUGGUGGUCCUACGGAUCCAACAGCGACACUUGGUAUAACGAGGCGAUUGUUCUGGAUAACAUAAGAUACAGGUACCAUUUGCAAUUCGAAGCGUCCAGAGGGUAUUCCUCGAAAGGUGAUAUAGCGGUUGACGAUAUUUCCCUGAGUCCAGAAUGUUUCGGCAUUGGGGUUCCAUCAAAUAUUGUAGGCGAUUUUGAUUAUUACAAACCCGUUAUUGACAAAGUGCCACCGCAGCAUCCGGAUUUUGUAAACGAGACAGUCAUCCGAAUUACCAAUUGCGGGAACACUGGCAGAAAUGGCCCUACCAUCGAGAAAUGUGCUGAACAAUAUAAUAACACGGAUGUAGAGCUCGUGCCACCGCCGACACGAGAUCAGGAUGAAAAAUCGGCCUUCGCCUUAGAGGGAGUCCAACGGUGGACCGCGCCACGCGGUGAAUACUACACUUUCAUCGCCGUUGGAGCACGAGGAGGGAAGGGCUCGAGUAAUUCCGGCAGCAGCCUGGGUGCAUUUGUUCGCGGUGUCAUAGAACUCCAAAAGGGCGACCAGCUAUAUUUCAUGAUGGGUCAAGAGGGAACGAACGCCUGUACCAAAAAUCUAGGCUUAAAGACAACCACCUGUUACUCGUCGGAUCAAUCGGUCGAUUUAACGCCGCAGCAGACAUCAUCGAAAGUGCGAGAAGUGAAGAAGAUCGAGUUUAAGAACCCUGGUGGCGGUGGAGGUGGUGCUACCGCCAUCUUCAUGAUGAAAGCGAACGGCGAACCGGAGCCUAUCUUAAUCGCGGGUGGUGGCGGUGGUUUGGGAUUAAAACCCUCUAAUGACGACGGAGUACAGCAUGGACGCGGUUCCUUUUCCGCAAGUAGACUUUCGCCGUCUCCAUCCAAUGUUUCAGAACGCAUGGGUGGGCCCGGUGGCAAUUGGAAUGGAACGUGGCCUAAUUUUCAACGAAAGUCCUGGGGAAUGCCAAUAAUAUUUGGAGGUAUAGGAGGACUCGGUUGCGAGUCCGGAAGUGAAGGCCACGGUAACGGUGGCUUCGGUGGAGGCGGAGGCGGUUGCCAAUCGGGUGGUGGUGGCGGUGGUUACGUUGGCGGUAACGCAGGGUAUAAUAAUGGAAACGGCGAAGGCGGUUACUCAUACGCCAGUCAAAAGCUCACCAACGUUUACUACAAAUCUGCAGUUCAUUUUGGCGCAGGUGAGGUCUUUAUCAUACCUGCAAUCAGCGGUUGCGGUUGCGAUUACCGCUGCGUCGCGUUGGAUCAGUACUUGAGCGAGACCAAGUGUCUCUGUCCUCAGGGUUGGUUGCUCAGCAACGACUCGAAAUCCUGCAUAAUGACCGACGAUUCCAAGAGUGGACAUCAAACGUACAUAAUCCAGCUUCUAGGUAUCGUCAUUGGUCUGUUCACUUUAAUUGGAAUUUGCCUAAUAUCUUAUAAACGGUACCAAAAACGAAAAGCGCUUUCACAUCGCCGCCAAGUGAUGUUCGGCAACGGCACUGAAUUAGCUGCAUUGCAUCCAGGACACGUGUCGGACACGAUGAUGACGGAAUUUAACCCCAAUUAUGAAUUUGCUGGCAAUCUUUACAGCUUCAAGGACUUGCCGCAAAUACCCCGUGAAUGCAUUACUUUAGUGAAACCUCUCGGCCAAGGCGCCUUCGGCGAAGUUUUCCAGGGCGUGUACAAGUACGGACACGGCGAGGAACACCCCGUGGCCGUCAAGACGCUUCCGUCUUUAUCCACUACUCAAGCGGAAGCUGACUUCAUGAUGGAGGCAUUGAUAAUGAGUAAAUUUAAUCACCCUAAUAUAGUGCACUUUAUUGGUGUCUCUUUCGAUAAACAUCCGAGGUACAUCGUUCUGGAAUUAUUAGCCGGAGGUGACCUCAAAAAUUUCCUACGCGAAGAACGGCCUCGAUCAGAUCGACCUACAGCGUUAACAAUGCUAGACCUUAUUAUGUGCAGCUACGAUGUCUCAAGCGGCUGUAAAUAUAUGGAGGAGGCACGUUUUAUACACCGUGAUAUCGCCGCUAGGAAUUGUUUAUUGACCACCAAAGCACCGGGCCGUACCGUUAAGAUCGCGGAUUUCGGUAUGGCCAGAGACAUUUAUCGUAGCGAUUAUUAUAGAAAGGGUGGCAAGGCGAUGUUGCCUAUAAAAUGGAUGCCACCCGAGAGCUUCUUGGACGGCAUAUUUACGACGAAGACCGACGUCUGGGCCUUUGGCGUGCUCCUGUGGGAAAUUAUGUCAUUUGGAUAUAUGCCCUACACCGGAUGUGCAAAUCGCGAGGUCAUGUCGAUGGUAACAUCCGGCGGCCGUCUCGAGAAACCCGCGGGAUGCCCGGAUCCUAUAUAUGGAAUCAUGACGAAGUGCUGGCAUCCACGCCCUGACGAGAGACCAAGUUUCUCAACGAUUGCCGAAAGGAUCGGCUAUUGUUUACAGGAUCCUGAUGUGAUAAAUCAACCCACGCCUAAUUUCGACAUAUUGCCAAUCUGCGAUCGUGAAAUAACAAUCAUGAGACCGGACCCGGAAGCGGAAUGCAUCAAUGUGCAGUCUGAUUUGGAUGGCUGCGGCUACAUGCAACCGAGGGUCAUUGAUCCACGGUCCGUUGCACGUCGCGUAGAUCAAGCUAUGGGCGGCACCGACUACGAUUCCGAGAAUGAAAAAUCGAUCGAGGACUGCAAGGUGUACGGCGGGGCUUAUGCGAAAUCGAUGGGAUGUCGCCAAGGAAAAUUCAAUUACAAUUCGUACGAUUCCAGCAUAGACGCUUUCGAGCAAGUUUAUGGUGACAACGAUCACGAGGAGGAUCGUAACGACGAGGACAAGCGUAGGCCCGACCGGUUGGACCGGCAAGACGGCAAGACAAUUUAUCGAAGCAGCGACAUCGAAGGCCGCAAUAACAUAGACAACGGCAACAACCGUCCAGAGGAUGAGUGUCACAUGACUGCCAACAUUGAUAGCGCGAUAACGGAUCGCAAGAACGGCAAUGAGAGCACAACGACUACCGACACCAAUUCCGACUCGCUGAUAGCACAAUCCUCGGAUACUCCGCCCGACACGACGACGAACUCGUCGCCCAAUACGCGCACCUGUUCGCCGAGUCGUACCAUCGGCCUCAACGCUAACGUCAGUAAUGUGAACGGCAUGGUGAAGAAGAACACUCUGAAGGCGACCCUGAGCCUGGACCCGAGCGCGCUCUGCAGAGGCACCAUCCCUUACGAGAAGAUUACGACGCGAAUGCAACGCUCGAGCACGCCGGGCAGUAUGGAACUAAGGAAGGACUCCCUGAAUCACGAGCUGCCGAGGGAGGAAGAGUGCUCCUGCUGAGAUUUAUCUGAGGGGGGUUGACGAGGCUGCCCGGCCGCGCUCGGCUGCAACGUCGCUCGCCGAUUGCAGCUGAAACGGUCGGCCACAACGACUGCGAUCACGAGGAGGAACAGAAACACGCAGCUCGUAGAACUCUCCUCGCCUACGUGGGCCCAGGACAACGAAUACUCGCGUCGCUAUUACUCCGAGGAGACCCUCCUGUGAAUUCGGGGAUUCGGAGGGAAACCGCGAAUUUCUCUCACGGGGACCAAUGCUCGGUGCGCCUUUUUGGAACGUUGGUUCCCGCGAGAAGGGCGCGCGAUU